GCUUUUUCCAGGAUAGCUGCACGCAUGCGCGUGGCGAAAUUCAAAAUCAAAAUGGCCGCCGGUCGGCAGAAAUUCUAGUGUGUUAUUUUCCUAAAUUUUUAGCUCUAUUUUCUUUCUCUGUCAACUACCGUAAACAGUCGCAAUGUCUCAGGAGAGCGGAUCGUUUCGCGUUGUCUUCCUAGUCGACACUAGCCCCAGAAAGGACGGUGCUGCCGAAGAGGAGAGGGUUUCGAACGCACUCAACCUGUCCGCCUUGAAGAUUUUGUCCCACUUAGCUCACAAAAAUGGACAGACCAAAGACAACAUCCUUUGGGGGUACAAGUUCUUCAACUCCUCGAAUGAAAAAGCUCCAAGGGAUCGCUUCAAUUUUCGAGAAUUCGACAGCAAGCUUUUCGAGGCAUUCGAAACCGAAGUGACCGGACGUUUGGAACCGCCAUGGUCUGGGAAAGAAAACGAAGAAGACGAGCGGAGUCGGCGGGCGACGAAUUUUUUUUCCUCAUCCGAAACGUUUCGGACGGCCUUGUCCGAGAUAACAUACGAAUUCAACUGGGAUAUGCCGGACAUAAGUUCCCCCUGUAAACCUGUGCGACCCGCUGCGGCUCGUAUCGGGCUGCGAGGAAAGUCGGGAGCAAGAACUCCACAGCUGAACACGAUCAUGUCUACGGUCUCCAGAAACUACGUGUUUGUCUUGUCUCCCUGUCCUCAGACGUCUGAAGAUCUUGUUGAGUUCGUGGGAAGUACUAGGAAGAGUGGACUGAGUACGGAAGACGUCAGGAGCGCGAUCCUACCGCCGCACGUGUACAGACAGAUGUCAGAAACAUGCAGGAUACGACUCUACUGGGUCGAUGUGCAAUCUUUCAUGAAGAGCCACACAAAUAAUCAACAGGUGGCAGACAAGAUGGGGGUGAAUCUGGUGACACAGGUGUUGGAAGGACUGAACGGUUGUGUCAUCCCCGGUAAUGCACUCUUACAGCUGGGCAGUCAUGUGACCAGCAGCAUCCAAUCACUGCUUCCAAUCAGUAAGAAAUCCAGGUCCACUGGUAAGGAUGUUGCUGCAGUAGAUGUACCUGACUUCCCCCUGACUUCAUCAUCACUGCUAGAGUAUUACACAGCCAGAAGCUGGGAGAGACAGGGGAUGGAUAUCAAAACAUCAGCUGUGUUGUGCCAUGGUGCCGACAGAAGGGCGUUGUGUUCCCUUGACCUACAGCCAAUGUUCUCACCACAGAACAGGAUGCCAGCUGCACAUUCCAUCCUUUCCCACGGUCCCAACAAGACAGAUCAUUCUGUGCAACACCUGUCCAUUGAAUGGACUGGCAGUUCACCUUCACAGCUGCUCACCUGUAGUGCAACAUUAGAUGUAGGUCAAGGGGCGUCUCAGGGUCAAAGAACAUCUCAGGACCAAAGGUCAAACGUGAGAGGUCAAAGUACAGGGUGUAGAACUGACCUGUUGUUGAUGGUAAGAGGAACUGUGGAGCGAUGCUGCUUGCCGCUCACCUGCUUCCACCCUACACACGCCUACACCUGUGUCAUGUCUAAGGAGAGACUGAGGACAUCAGCUGAGACAGAAGGGUGUAGUGUUAUGCUGGAGGACUUGUUACUGGUGCUAUCACGUGAAGGACUGUCUCUGGUUGUAGACUUCCAUGACCCAUCAGAACACCUGCCUAUAACAGGUGUCCUACAGCCGCUCACUGCUGCCUCUGCCACGCUGACCGUGGUGCGCUCAGACAUGCUCCUCACGCUUGAGAAGGUCCUCGCUUUCCCCAAAGUCAGCAGUGAGUCAAGCAACACGGAGCAUGUGGACACCUUUGUGAAAAGAUGUGUGUCACAUUUCUUGAAGAAAAAAGAACAAGAAGAGGCAAAGGAUCAUUUAGUGUUAGAUACUGCAGUGUCGUCUAGCAGUUCUGCCUUAUUUAAGGCCAGCUCAGCAAGGUUUAGGCUGCAAACACUGGAACCUUGGUACAAAACUGCACCCAACUCUGGGACUAGUACCUCCUUCAUUCAAAAACUGUCCAGCAUUCCAGAGGAUGUAACAGAUGAAGGCAUACAAGAACCAGAACUAUUAGAGGUUCUGCAUAAACUGUACACCAACCAACUCAUUGGUGGGGCAAAACCUCAGGAAAAGGGUAAAGAUAUAAGCUGUAAGAAAGACCAGCCACCAGACCCCAGUAGUCUGGUGAGUCGACGGAGCAAGCGACUUCUGGCCAGGAUACCCAGCUUCUCCGACAGUCUGUCUGCACGAGCAAAGCAGAUUGUUGGUCUUAGCUACAAGAAACAUGAAGAACAGAAAACCAAACCAAAGGAGGAGGAAACAACUGAGACACAGUUGGACAAGGAGAAACAGAGAAUCAUGGAAGAGAGGAAAGAGGUCAUGAGGAAUGUGACCAUACCUACUGAUUUUACUGAUGAAGACAGCCUCAUUUCACAGCUGAAGGAAAAUUACAACCAGUGGCUGGAAGAGGAUAAACCCUUGUUGCAGUUUGUGCAAAGUUCUGUACAGGUGGCGCUUCACUACGUGAAGUCACAGGGUACAGAUGAUCCUGAGAAGUACACCAGGCAGCUGUUAGAAGACAAGUUUCUGUCCAAAGCCAAGGCUAUCAGAGACAAGUAUAAGAAUGCCAGUGGUCAGACUGACCUACAGAUGAAGAUCAGAGACUAUGUCCAUAACAUGGAGAAGUUGCUGAAGGGAGUGUACAGAGAGCUGGGUCUGACCCUGCCUGACCUGCUGGCUCCAGGACUAGAUGAGAAACAUGACCUCCCUAACAAACUCUCCGUCGGCCCUGCUGCAUCUGUAGCCUCUGCUGUGGACUCGGCAUCUUCUGUCAGCUCACAGAGGGGUUCCAGACGGUUUGUACGGAAUCCCAGUUUGAUGGAUGCAGGGCAGAAGAAGGCAAUCCUGGUACAUGUGGCUCCUGCAGACAAGGCAAAAAAGAGUAAAAGGAAAAGGAGGAAGUCAGGUAGUGCCAGGAAAAAACGUUCUGAUCCUGUUGCUGUUAAAGAAGAAGAUGUAAGUGAAGUGAAGAGAGUCCGUAGGAACCUGAGCAUGUUGAUGGAUGGAAGUCAGUCUCCCAGUAAGCUGUCCCGCCGUGCCUCCAUGCCUGCUCCCAGUCUCCCCAGCCCCAGGAAGAGUCCACGUAGGGGCAGCACCAGGAGUGUUACCACUCCCAGAGGUCGCCACAUACUCAAGGACAAUACAGUUGAGGAGACUCCUGCAAAGAAGCAGCUGUCUAACGCCCUGUGGCAGAAACAGGAGAGGGCACGUCUCAGGGCGAGGACCAACUCUGAGGUGUUUGUCGUGGGGGAGUCUCCAGUCAAGCCACUCACUGCACCAGGUACAGAACCAUUAAGAAGAAGUCCAAGGAAGCAUGUAUCUAGUUUCAGGAGGCGGCCUUCCUUCUAUGACCCCAGCAAACGAUCUCGGUAUGUUGUGUCCGCCCAGAGAGUGGCUAAGAAAAUCCGCGGCUGCAAUACCUCACCGUUAAAGAUAGACUUCACUUCUCCACGGAGAACUCCCAGAAAAUCUCCUGCCAAGUUCCUCCUGUCAGAACUGUUAGGAUCUGCAGGUAAAGACAGUCCCAGGAAGAAGACUCCCGAGUUGAGGAGAACACCCAGGAAGACAGGGCACAGUGCAGCUUCAAAUGAAGCUGUAUCUGCACUGGAGACACCAGAGAAGAGUUUUAAAACUCCUACGAAGAGAAGCAGAUGUGGUCGCAGCUCUACAAGACAAGCAUCCUCUAUUACACCAACAAAGAGUAGAGGGACACCUUCAGCAAGAACCUUUCGGACACCAACAAGAGGACAGUCACCUUUCAGAUCACCAUCUGCCUCAACAACACUAACAGGAACACCAAUGAAGAAACAGAAUGCAGGAAUCAAUGAAAUGUGUGUAACACCUCAGAAGAUGGUUAGUAGCUCAACAUCCUCUCCAAGAAGCAAAAAGCUGAAACACACCUCUGCUGUAUCUAGCCAUGAAGAAACAGGCCUACAUUUACCAGAGACAGUGACCAGCGACUUGUUGAUGACCCCUUCUAAGAGAGUCAGGCUGGAACUAUUGUCCACAGGAUCAUCUCCUACUAAAACCAAUCAGCCUCCUCCUGCAUCAGCAACACCCAAAAAGGGAAUCCUGAAAUCUCCCUGCAAAAUGUUCCUUCCAAACACAAAUACUGAAAUUGCUGACACUCUCAGGCCGUUCCCAAACCUUUCUUCAUCACCGGGAAAUGUCACAGAGUCACUGAAUCUGAACAAGUCUCCUGCUUUCAGCACACGCUCCAAGCUCCCUGACACACCACCACAGGCUGGUUCAACCACCCAUUUCUUAGCCUCACCCAAAGAUGCUAAAACAAAAACUCCAGACUCUAUCAGCAAGUGGCCCAGGAAGAAGAGGCCAACAGACUCCUCUCCUGUACAGAGCUUGAGCACACCCAAGCCUACUACUACUCCCUCUCCAAGAACCAAGACUCUGGUGGGAAGGCUGGAAACAAGUUCAAUAUUGCGAAGGUCACCGAGAAGUAAGAAACCUAGCAGGGCAAGAGGGAGGCUCGAUGUAGGUGAAGUGACAGAGACGACAGAUUUUUUGGAUGAUAUUGAGGUAGUGAAUAGAAUGGCAGAAGACAAACCAACUUGUGACCAGGAAGAGACAACCGUGUGUGGAAAAACUAAGGUCCCUGCAACCUCACCACUCUCUGCAAAAGGGCUUCUUGCCCUUACCCAGUCCCCGAUAUUGACAAACAUGGCAUCACAAAGAAAACGCACAUUUUCAGGAUCUUCUAAAGUCAAAAAUUUAAGAUGUAGCAUAAAGUCGCAGUCCAAGUCACCAGCUUCAAGUAGUUGCAGUCAGCAUAAUCAGUCUUCUCCAAGUAAACUACAGCUGACUGUGAAAUCCACUGGAGGGUGGUCACUGUUGAAGGAAAGAAAGAGAAAGAGAAGUGGAGGACAGUACACAGAUAUUAGUGGUGCUGAUGUCUGUGAAUCUACAAGAAAGAAGAGUAGGACUGACUUUAGUAGUAGUCCAGAUGAAGGUCUGAGGAGUAGGAAGAACAGGCUAAGCUUGAGUAGGAAGAAAAAGUUGCAGAAGGAACUAAAAAGCAAGUCUGACAGUCAGGAAGUGGACAUGGAUAUCAGUGCUUUGUCGUCUGCAAGCCUCAAUCUAUCCUCAGCUGACGAGGAUGUGUUUUAUUGUGUGGACAGCUCAGUUGGAGAAAGAGACAGGACAUCUAGAAGUGCAAAGCUUCAGUCAAGUCAUGACAAAGGAACAGCCAGUCUCCAAUGCACUCCACAAGUCAAGAAGAAAUAUCCCUCAACUCCUCUCUCAGCACAUGGCCUGCUGAAGCUAACUCAGUCCCCACUUCUAACAGGUAGAUGUAAUAGUCCUACAUGUACUGCAUCACCCUCAUCCAGAACUCGGAGUAACUCAUCACUCCAGUCAGAAGAUGUGAUCGAUUACAUCUCACCUCCUGCAAGUCCUGAGGGAGACAGUGCCAAGUUGCCCCUGUCCAUGUUUGGAUCUUCUCACAGAGAGUCACUAAAGGAGAGACCAACAUCACCCUCAUCUAGUGCAGGACAUUACCUGUUGUCAUCCUCCCCUCCCAACAAACCAAAGUGUUCCUCAGCAAGUAAAACAUCACCUCUGAGCAGGAGAUCUUCACUUAGGUCAGGAAAGACCCCAACAAAGUCCAGCGUUUUGCAGAGGUCUCCAGUUACAUCUUCAACAGUUUCAAAUUCUAGUCGGUCUCCACAUAAGAGCAGUGAUAGCCACAGUCAAGGAAGUAAGACUUCACCUAGCUCCUUGAAAAGACAGAGGCUGUCUGUUAAGACUCCACCACAGUCCAGUGAGGCCGUUAAGUCUCCAACUUUAAGGAAAUCACCGAGAAACAAGAAGAAAGCUGGUGUGAAGAGAAAUCUUGGACAGCUGUACAGAGCAGACGAAGAGGUGUCACAUGAAAAUGUUCGACUGAGCAGAAAAAAAUCUGUUCAGAGUUUGUGAGUUCUUCCUGAUUUGUGUUUGUUAUUAACGUCAGCAGUAUUCAGGUUAAAAGAACUACAACAUGUAAAGAAUAAUUUUGCAGAUAAUGGUAUGCUUAGAUCAUAUUGGAUGUCUCAAUUGAAUGUCUAAAGAUUCAAAAUGUAGGAUGUCUUAUGAAUCAGACUUUGAUUUACAUUUUUUAGUUUUCGUAUAAAUUUUGAUGAAUUGAUGAACAGUAUUGUUUUAUGGAGACAAGGUCAGUUUUAUAGUUGCUACCACAAUUUUUUUCUGACUUUUUACUCCGAUCAAAUUGAUGACUCAGAUUGUAUCACUAUGGUACGUGUAAGUUUCUUUGUUCCUUUUAUAUAGUGAAUUGUUGAAAGAAAAAUUUCCAUUCUUUGCAGAAAGCUUCAUACAGUUGUGACAGAUGAUUACUAAAGACGAUUUAGUGAUAUUCUUUUAAGUUGUAAGAAUGUAUUUCUUGAAUGUGAAUCUUUUGACUAAUGGCCUGUUAAUUUUAUGCUUUUCCUCAUGAAAAUUCCCAGGUAACCACUGUUAUGUGUUUGAUGUCUAUAAACCUAACUAAUGGCAAGAGCUUUCAGAAUCCUUAUGAUAAAUAAAUUGUCAGGAUACAUUAAUUUCUAAAAGAAAGAAGACUAACUCAUUUCAAACCUCACAUUCUGCAUGCUUUAGAUAUGACAAUGUAUAUUUUUGGUAUGAAGAUGUACAAAUAUAGUUAUUACAUUUGUAUGCUAGUGUUUACAAUAUGUGUUAUAUACAAUGUAUGUGGUUAAGUUGAAUGAAUUAGGUUCAGAUAGAAACCUUUGCAAUGUACAAUGUGUGAUUAGCCUUUUAUGGAUACCAAGUACAUGUAUUCAUAGUAUGUUAGAAAUGAUUACUGGUGUACAAGCUGUUUUUUCCCUUCAAAUGUCACUGUGUUCUGUAUGCCUUGUGUAGAAAAUAAAGAUUUCCUGUGCUAUGAGUUA